UUCCCACAGACAGUGAACGCAGCAGGAGGCCGGCACAGGGGGACAGGACAACAUGGCUGCCGCUGCGGGCCGAUUUUACGGAGAAGGCGGCAGAGCAACGAAAAGACAGAAAACUGAAGACGGAGGGAUGACAACGGAGAACUAUGAUGACCCUCAUAAACCGCUGCCCUCCCCAGUGGUGCACAUCAGGGGCCUGGUGGAUGGCAUCAUGGAGGCAGACCUGGUGGAGGCCCUGCAGGAAUUUGGAGCCAUCAGUUAUGUGGUCAUGAUGCCCAAGAAGCGCCAGGCCCUGGUUGAGUAUGAGGACAUGAACGGCUCCUGUAAUGCUGUGAAUUACGCAGCAGAGAACCAGGUUUACAUAGCAGGCCAUCCUGCCUUCAUCAAUUACUCCACCAGCCAAAAGAUCUCCCGUCCAGGAGACUCUGAUGACACCCGGAGCGUCAACAAUGUGCUGCUGCUCACUAUCAUUAACCCCAUCUAUCCUAUCACCACGGAUGUGCUCUACACCAUUUGUAACAACUGUGGUCCUGUGCAGAGGAUUGUCAUCUUCAGAAAGAAUGGUGUUCAGGCCAUGGUCGAAUUUGAUUCGGUCCAGAGUGCACAGAGGGCCAAAGCCUCACUCAAUGGGGCAGACAUCUAUUCUGGCUGCUGCACUCUUAAAAUUGAGUAUGCCAAGCCAGCACGCCUUAACGUCUUCAAGAAUGACCAGGACACGUGGGACUACACAAAUCCAAACCUCAGUGGCCAAGAUGCUGAUGGUGAAGGCAAUUGGAACAAUUCACAAGAUCCUAAUGCCAACCCUAACAAACGCCAGAGGCAGCCUGCUCUUCUGGGAGACCACCCACCUGAUUAUGGUGGCCCUCAGGGAGGUUAUCAUAGCUAUAAUGACGACAGCUAUGGUCCUCCGCCUCCCCACCGCAUGGGGCCAAGUAUGGGUGGGCGUGGGCGUGGUGGGCAGCGUUAUGGCCCUGGAUAUGGACCACCGCCCCCAGAGUACGGUCCUCAUGCUGACUCCCCUGUACUUAUGGUUUACGGCCUCGAACCUUCAAAGAUCAACGCUGACAAGGUCUUCAACAUCUUCUGCCUCUAUGGAAAUGUAGAGAGGAUUAAGUUCAUGAAGAGUAAGCCUGGAGCAGCGAUGGUAGAGAUGGGAGACUGUUACUCUGUGGACAGAGCCAUUACUCACCUCAACAACAACUUCCUUUUUGGACAGAAACUCAACGUUUGUGUGUCCAAGCAGCAGGCUAUUGUUCCAGGACAGUGCUACCAGUUAGAGGACAACACCAGCAGCUUCAAAGAUUUCCAUGGAUCCCGCAACAACCGUUUCACCUCUCCAGAGCAGGCCGCCAAGAACAGAAUCCAGCAUCCCAGUAACGUCCUUCACUUCUUCAAUGCUCAGCCUGACAUCUCCACAGAGAUCUUCAACCAGGUCUGCGAUGAACUGGGAAUUAAGAAUGCUGCAAGUGUAAAACUUUUCACCGGAAAGAGUGAGCGAAGUUCAUCUGGCCUUCUGGAGUGGGAAUCCAUCAACGAUGCCAUGGAGGCUCUAGCUAUGAUGAACCAUUACCAGAUGAAAAAUCCCAGUGGGCCUUACCCGUACACACUGAAAUUGUGUUUCUCAACUACACACCAUGCCAACUAAAACUCUUCCCUUCAACUUUUUGUAACGUUUUGUGUCUUUACAUAGAGUAUACAGUUGUUCUUUUGUCACGUCCCAUUAAAACAUUCAAUCAGUAUUGACUAAAAAAUAGAAUUGAUGUUAAGAAUAUGUUAAUUUAACCAUGACUUUGUAAGAUUUAUUUCACUUUUACAAUGUUUUCAAUCAGAUGUAUUUCUUUUUAAUUUUGUGUUCAAAACACUAGAUUUACACUUGAAGAACAUGUCAAUGUGGACCUCAGAUCAUGUUUGUAGUUCAAGUGAACAGUAACCAUUAUGUCACUACUAAUGUAAUCAGGGUUCACACCUUCAGAGAUGUUUUAUUUAUUCACUCCUGACAGGAAACACCCACUUACAUUCAUCAAGAAUUAUAAAUACAUUUCUCAGUAAGUCCUUGUAGAGAGAAGGAGCUGUAGUUCUUUUGAUGAAAAGUCAAAAUGACACCCCUGUGCUUGUAUUUAGGUGGCUGUGUUGAUGCCCUGACAAAAAAAAUAUUUGACUGUUCAGAUGAGAGAAUGGCAUGCACGAAAGAGAUGGUCAUCUGUAAGAAAAGUGUUUAGGCACUAUCAACAUUUCAAUGUCCAGUUGUUUUCUUUUUUAGUAAACAAUACUGUGAAUAUUA